AAGUCUCAAGGUCAACACGCUUUCACACGGGAACGCAACCGUUUCGGACGUUGGACGAACGUAUGUUGCCGCAAAAGAUCAAGGCCAACUUGCUUUCAUUUUUUACAAUCUCCGUAUGGGAUGUGGAAUUUCAAAACGCGCCGAGUCUAAAUGUCGAGUUGUUUUGCUUGUUGAGAAUAAUAAUUAAUUGCCCCCUUUAUAUUUGCUCCGUGGGAUUAACGUAAUGGGAAAAAUUUGUUGCAACGCAUGUGGAGGUGUCUUCGUUUGUUAACUUUUAGAAAGUAUUCUCGCACCGUAUAAAUACAUCUCAUUUUUCUCUGUUUUGUCAGUAGUUGUUUUUGGUAUUAUUCGUGCAACGUGGAAGCUAACUUAGUGGUUUGGUGUUCGUACAAAAAAGCAGUCCUAAAGAUCAUCUUAGUACUCUCAACCCGUAACCGCAAAUAGAAUAGCAGCAAUCUUAAGCAUGGACUUAAGUCAACUGAAUCAAACCUGUCUUGCAGAAGGUGAUUUUGAGCAGCCGAUUGUCAAACUGCAUGAAUUGCCGAUAGGCGUUCCGUUUAAAAUUACUAGAGCCAAAAUUGUUAAUACAAAAUUUGGCAAUUCCGUGUUGCUGCAAUUAGAAAAUUCCGUAGUAUUUCUUCCUACUCGCGUGACAGAAGCUUUCCGUCCGAGACUAGAACACUUUGCGUCGGGGCAGUACAAACUGGUCUACGAGGGAUCCAAAGAUAUUGGAAAGCCCAACUCUUUAAAGAAAUUCAAAAUAAUUCAAAAUUAAUCAACAUAUUAUACAGGGUAAGUCUUAUUUACUGUUAUAUAUUUAAUAAACCACGAUGCGCGUAAAGCAGAUCAUUCAUAGAGCGCAAAUCUUAAUUUUAACCUUACAAAAAUUAAAAAAGCAUAUUUCCGACAAGUUCACUCUUAGAGAUAGUGAUGUGUGGCUUAGGAGACUAAGUAAAAAUAUUGAAUCUUGCAACCAAAUCGUUUCUAACGAAAAGGAUUUAUCUAUUGGGUUAAAAAGAAAAUUACAAACUACAAUUCAACAUCUGAAAGCUAUUAGAAAAAUUAUUCUUAAUUAUCAACAUAAGCAUUUUGGAUUGGGAUUACAAAGUAGUAGCCGCGAGACAAACACAAAUGAAAUGGUUGUAUGGGAAUCGGUAGCGUCGUGUUUCCAGGGAAGAGUUCAGACUGGUGUCAUAAUUAAUUUACUUCAUAAAGAUUUAAUUCAAUUUUUAAACGAUUGUCGUCCAAUAUUUCAACAAAAAAUUAGUCAAAUUUUAAAGAAAUUUUUAUUGCUGAAAGUAAAUACCACAUUUUGCGGUGAAUUUAUUAAGGCAAAAAAUGAUGUCCAAGGCGAAGUUGAUGUUAAAUAUCUGAGUACCGGAAAUGCUGUAGUUGAUUUAGGAACAGAAUUGAAUGAUUGGUUUGUUGAAAAUGUCCAAGAUAAAAUUUUAAAUCAAAUGUCAGAGUUUCAGGAACGUGAUUCCGGGUGGGCUUUAAAUAAUAUUAUUUAUUUAGAGAUUAACAUUAAUAAAUUUGAAAUGGGUAACGGAUCAUCCUUCGUUGUGCGACAUUGACCAAAUUAUGAUUAUCGAGCGGGCUAUACGAGGUGGAAUUUCGGUGUGUGUUGGUAGAUAUGCGGAGGCCAACAAUAAAUAUAUGUCCCACUACGAUUCAUCCAGGGAUGAUUCCUAUAUCAUGUACUUUGACGUCAAUAACCUCUAUGGCAAGGCCAUGUGCGAGCCUCUUCCUUACGGAGGAUUCGACUGGAUGUCUCAUCAAGAGAUUGAUUCAUUUACUGUCAUGAACAUUCCAGAUGAAUCUUCCCAAGGAUAUAUCCUAGAGGUAGACCUGGAAUACCCGCAGAAAUUACAUGACACACAUAGAGAUUUUCCAUUUUGUGCCGAACAUCGAGUGCCCCCCAAUUCAAAGUUACCAAAACUAAUGACUACUUUGUAUAAUAAAGAAAAAUACGUCAUACACUAUCGCAAUUUAAAACAGGCUCUCAAAAACGGUCUCGUACUAAAGAAAAUUCACAAAAUAUUAAAAUUUAACCAAUCUCGUUGGUUGAAAUGUUAUAUCGAUCAUAAUAAUAAAUUAAGAACCCAAGCAAAGACAAAAUUUGGUAUAAAUUUAUACAAAUUGUUUAAUAAUGCCGCUUACGGUAAAACAAUGGAAAACAUUCGCAAGCAUCGUAUUGUUAAAUUUGUUAAAGCGUGGGAUGGUCGCUACGGUGCGAAAAAUUUAAUUUCUAGUCCUAGAUUUCACAGUAGAACCAUACUUGAUAACAAUUUGUUGCUUAUAGAAUUAAAAAAAUCGGAACUUUGCUUUAAUAAGCCACUUUAUAUUGGAAUGUCCAUAUUGGAUUUGUCGAAAACGACCAUGUACGAGUUUCAUUAUAAUUACAUGCUUCCAAAUUUGGGUCCCGAAAAAUGUAAAAUUCAAUACAUGGAUACGGACAGUUUCAUUUAUAAUAUCAAAUGUUAUGACGCAUAUGAAAGCGUUAUUAAGGCCGAUUUAACAAAAUUUGACACGUCUGAUUAUCCUAAUGACAAUCCCUAUAAUAUACCGCAAAUCAACAAAAAGGUUUUGGGGUUGAUGAAGGAUGAGACUAAUGGCACCAUCAUUAGUCAUUAUGCGGGGUUAAGGUCGAAAAUGUAUACUUUCAAAAUUUUAACGGGUUCGGUAGUUAAAAAGUCAAAGGGUAUUCAGUACAAUAUUGUAAAAAAUAAAAUUUCAUUUGAUGACUACGUAGAAUGCUUAACAAAUUUUAGGGAAAAGUACGCCACUCAACGAACCAUUCGUUCAUACACUCACAAUGUAUUUAGCAUCGAACAAACAAAAGUUGCCUUGAGUCCUUUAGACGAUAAACGUUAUCUUUUGCCGAAUUCAUAUGAAACGCUUCCGUGGGGACAUUAUAAAGUGCCGUAAUUAUUUUUUAAU